GCAGUAACACUAGACUAGUGUGUACAUGUGUAGAAGUUAGGAGUUGGGGACCUAACAAUGUUGUGGACUGGGUUAUUUAAGGGAAAUUGUGGGUGAGAUGUAGAAUUGUGUAUAUUUGUUACCGGCGUCGGUGUGUUAUUGUUAGUGGUAAUUUCGUUUAGGGAUGCGUGACAGCUUGUAGUAGACUCGUUCGGUUAUCUGAUAGCUUGGCACUGCUUAGCCAGCGCGGUGUUUUUGAACACUAGAAAUAAAUGUAAAUGUCAAGUAAUUACUAAGGGGCCUAUUUUUUUCCUUUUUUCCCCUAUUAUAUCGGAUAACUUGUACUUGUUGCCGAGUGUUGAAGGAACUUAACGAUAGCUGGAGUUCGGAACUUGUGUCCACAUGGGGCCAACGCGAUAUGUCUCGUAUAGCUUGUGUAACGUAUUACGUUCUAUUUACAACAUCCUGUUCCACAAAAACAUUCAUAAGCGAUAGUAUCUACGUUUCUGUUGAGCUGUUCGGUGGUUUUUCUCAGAGAACAGAAUUAUGAAACGAUAAUUACAUGAUUUUUGUUUGGUACAAAUUUAGUUUGGUUGGUAACAUUUAUAUCCAUUAUUGACGAACUGCGCACUAUCUUCGGACCGUGUAUAGUAUUUUGGUGAUAAAUUUGUUCAGAAGUACAAAGCAAUGACUGUAAACAUGUAGCAAGACUGAAGGAAAUUGUUAGCAGUGGGGUUGUCUCAACUUUUGAAAGGAAAGAUGGUCAAAGUGAUAGCUACUGUCUGCCUUUUGUGUGCUGCAUCUGUGUCGCAUGCUGUUCACGUGAGUUCUGUAAAAGGCACGGAUGCACAUGGAAUGGAUUUGGAUGAUAAUAACUUGUAUCAUAUAAAAAAAAUUUUUUCCGAGUAUGGUGAUGGAGAGAGUAUAUCGUUGGAAGGCUUUCUUCGCAUGAUGAAUGUAGGAAAGCUUCAACAGCUUGCCAACAACACUGAAACCGGUUCCAACACAAAAAACAAGGCUGGAACUGCAUUAGUUGCUGAUCAACCUACAAAAGUACAAAAUGGUGUGAAAACAGAGUGCAUAAGAGAAGCGGACCUACUUUCUACCAGCAGUGCUACAAAUUCUAGUGUUACUGUGAACACAUUUCAUGAAUAUUGCCCUGUCCUCCUAUACAGUUUUGUAGCAAAAUCACAGUAUGAACAAGAUAAUGGUUGCAUUUAUGUACCAACACUGACAGAAUUUUCCACCAACACUACAGGACGUGAAAUUAGUUUGAAAGUAUGGCUCUGUGCUGUUGCAAGUGUUAUUGUCGUAAGUCUGUGUGGCCUGCUUGGUGUUGCUGUAAUUCCCUUCAUGGAACGUGCAUUUUACCAGCAGAUGCUUCAGUUCCUUGUUGCACUGGCCAUUGGAACACUGUGUGGUGAUGCCCUCUUGCAUCUCUUGCCUCAUGCUAUUGCUGGAGAACAUGAUGAUGAUGAAAGUGAGCAUCAUUCUGAACAUGACCAUCAUUCUGAAGAUAUGGUCUUAAAGGGCCUGGUUGCAGUUUUGGGAAUUAUCUUAUUUUUUUUCACUGAAAAGUUCCUUACUGUUGUCGCAGAAUAUCACAAACGACGACAGAAAAAGAGGGAGGCACCUCCAACAGUACGUGUCGUGCAAGAUUGUGAGGGAAUACGGACACCUUCUGUUGGAGAGAAAUUGUGCAAACAUAAAUAUAGCUCAUCACCAUACUGCUAUGACGAAAUUACAGAAAUGUCAGAAGCGCAUAAAAAGAUGAACAACCCUGAUAACAUUUCGAAGAAAAAUAGAGAUUUAAACCUGAACCAGAACAAUCACUGCCAUACUUAUGGAGAAGAUGAAGAGGAAGAAGAAGAAGAGGAGGAGUUUGAUCAUCAAAUGAGUUCUGUAAAUUGUAGUGGUGAGAUGGCCCUCCGUCCCAGCACAUCGAGUGCUUCUAAUGAAGCUGUAAACAGAGAUGGUCAACUUAGUUCUCACAACAAAGAAGACGAGAAAUAUAUUGUAAUAAUAAGAGAGCAUCAGAAUUCUCACCAUGGGCAUUCACAUACUCAUGGACAUGUACAUUCACCACCAAAGACAAUGUCAUCAGUUGUAUGGAUGGUGGUUAUGGGUGAUGGCCUCCACAAUUUUACAGAUGGUGUAGCCAUAGGUGCUGCAUUUGCUGCCAAUAUAGGUGGUGGCUUUUCAACGGCCAUCGCUGUCUUCUGCCAUGAGCUACCUCAUGAAUUAGGUGAUUUUGCUGUGCUGCUGAAAGCAGGGAUGAGUCCAAAGCAAGCAGUAUUUUACAAUUUAUUGUCAUCUAUCCUCUGUCUGUUCGGGAUGGUGAUUGGAUUGGUAUUAGGCCAGAAUUCGUCAGCCACCUCAUGGGUGUUUGCACUAGCAGGAGGACUUUUUUUGUACAUAGGCCUUGUUGACAUGAUUCCAGAGCUUACUAGCGGCCACUCGAAGGAGGGCGGCUCGUUGUGCCAGUGCCUCCUGCAGUUCCUCGGCCUGCUGGUUGGUGUUGGAAUCAUGCUCUUAAUUGCUCUUUAUGAGCAUGAUAUUAAGACUGUCUUCAAAACUUAACGAAAAUAUUUUAAUAUUUCAUGGCAGCUGCUACUGAAGUCCCAUGUUUUAAAAUUCGUUGUUCUCUGUCAGUGAUAGUAGUUGAUUUUUAAGAUGUCUAUUGAUUUGAGUAUAAAAAUGUGUGGCAGCAUAUUGUCUGAUCCAUUCUGUGUGUGCUCAACAAAAAUCAUAAUUUAAUGAAACUGCCCUCUCAGCUUAUGUAUUUCUCUUUAAUCAUUGCUUUCUUUAUUAGCAUUUAUUGAUAUGAGGGUUUGCACUAUGUUAAGUAGGGCAUUACAUAUCUCUAAGAUAAUUUUUUCUACUUUUCAUUCAGUUUGCAUUAUUUGUUGAAUGGCCGGCCGGAGUGGCCGAGCGGUUAAAGGCGCUACAGUCUGGAACCGCGCGACCGCUACGGUCGCAGGUUCGAAUCCUGCCUCGGGCAUGGAUGUUUGUGAUGUCCUUAGGUUAGUUAGGUUUAAGUAGUUCUAAGUUCUAGGGGACUUAUGACCACAGCAGUUGAGUCCCAUAGUGCUCAGAGCCAUUUGAACCAUUUGUUGAAUGUAAGUUCACCACGCUAGGUCCUCUCCCCCCCCCCCCCCCCCCUACACACACACACACACACACACACACACACACACACACACACACACACACACAAUUUCAAAUGACACUUUAAUGCCAGCUAAAAUUCAUGGCUUGAAUUGCACAAGGUUCUUGAUGGAGAGACAUCAACUUCCAAGACUCUCGCCAUAAUAACUAGAUUUGCAAAUAUUUUAUGGGUAGUUGUUUUGUGCAAGGAAGAUUAAUUUUCCUCUAUAUCACAUCAACUUUGUGGCCUGUGUUAAACAUGGUAAAAUGAGAGAGACAUUCCUGUGGCAAAUGCUGUUUUGCGCUCUGGAAGCAGUUGACUCUUGUUUCACCUCAAUUUACAUUAUUUGUAGCUGCCUGAUGUUGUUGUUAUUUUUGUCAUGCCAAGUGGCUGGUGAACUUAGCUUUUCUGUUGUUUCUUAAAAAUUAUUUUUAUGUUAUUUUCUUUGUGUAAGUGUGUUUAUUGUAUUGUUUGUAUUUGAGUAACUGUUCUGCAUUUGUUGUCAGUUUGAAAUUCUUUACUCACUUAUUUGAAGUUGUAUUUAUGAUAGUUUAAUUUGUGAGGUUUUGUAACAUUGUUGAAGUGUGUGUGAAUAAACAGUGGAUAAGUUUUCUA